AUGGAAAGAAAUUAUCCUGGUACAGGGUUCGGUGAUUUGGGCGCUGGUACGGGAUGGAGUUACGAGAGAUCGGCCAAGGCAAGCCUGGUGUAUGGGAGUUCUAGGUCCUCCCAUCCGGACUCAGAGCUGCUCCAUCGCCAGGCUUAUGGCACACCCCACCCUCUGCAGGGCUACGCAACCAAUCACCAUCCUGGUAGCUUAUCUGGGCUGUUUGAUCCUGGGCUACACCAUGCCAGUCCCUCUGGUCCAGACCCAUCUGUCAUGAACUUGAUUUCAGCACUAGAGUCCCAGGGUCGGCAGCCACCCCCCUCAGCCUCCUCUCUCCUCUCCCAGUUCCGAACACCCGCCUGGCAAACUGCGAUGCACACUCAGCCAGAGCUCUUCAUCGGGUCUGGCUCCUUCCCCUCCUCCUCCCUCUCGGCCUACCAGCACCCAGCCUCCUUUUCCGGGCGGUCCUUCCCUGGCGCCUCGCUCUCCCUCCAGGACUCCCCCACCUUCAGCCCCACGUCCAACGGCCUCCUGUCCCCCCACGACCCCCUGCUGCACAUCAAGACACCCUCCCAGUCCAGCCUGGGCUUCGACCGCUUACUCUCCUCACAGGGCGCCACCUACCGAGGGUCGCAGGACCCCACAGGCCCGCCGCAAACCACCUCGUCAGGCCGCCACCUACCCCCUCCCCAGUUUAACCUGCUGUCCUCCCAGCUCCAGGACCAGUCCUCCCAGUUGUACAACGCCUCUGUGUUCUCAUCGACACCUGCCCCCCCGCCACCCCAGGAAAGGGCCAUCCCCCGGCAGGACAGCGUGAUCAAGCACUACCAGCGCUCCUCUCCUGCUCAGUCGCAGCUCUCCUCCUCAGCCUCCCAUCCCCUGCAGCACUACCUCAGCUGUGGGGCAUCGGGGUACCAGCAGAUUUCCCACCACCGGCAUGGAGGGGUGUCCUGCAGUCCGCUGGGGGAGCAGAGCCCUUCAGCAGACCCCAAACCCUCCCCCCGUUCAGACCAAGUGUACCGCCCCAUCAUCCAGACCCCGUACACCUCCUCAGCCGCCUCCUCGUCAGGGUCAGGUGGAGGUCUAGGGAAAGGGGCUAAGAACUCCAGCUCCAGUAGUGGCUACUCCUCCUCGGGCUCCUCGUCGUCUCGAACCCCCCACACCCCACCCUCAGCCUCCUCCACCUCCUCGUCCUCCUCAAACUCCAACCCUAACCCUUCCUCCAGCUCUUCGUCUGCCCCCUCCAGACAGCAGCCCCCGACUCAGUCGGCGCCCCCUCCCCCUCCAGUCUCCUCCGCCCCGGCCCAGCAGCCUCCUCCUAAACCCUGCUUGUCAGCAUAUGGCUCCCCUGUGGCCCCCGUCAAGCCCACCGCAGGCCUCCCUGGACAGACACCUCCCCAGCAGCAGUCCUACUCCCCCAGCCAGCCCCCUCCCUCUCACCUCCCCUCCCACCAACCCUAUGGGGGCUUCAGCUCCCCCCAGGCCCAGGACCUGACUUCUGGCCCUGGGAGUUCUGGGAAAGGGUAUGGAGGACUAGGGCCAGGAGGCCGCUCCUUCUCUGCCGAGGUGGUCUACGGGACGGACUCAGGAUACGGCUCGCUGCCUACCUCCCUUGGGGGAGCAGGCAGUCCCUCGUUGGGGUACGGUGGCCCAAGGCACUCCCCUGCCCUCCUGGGGUCUGGAGGAGGUGGAGGCAGUGGAGCUGGAGGAGGCAGCUCAUACCACCUCCCUGACUCCAGCCCUUCUCCCUCCAGCAUCAUUCGACCUGGGCUGCACUCUCCUGCGCCCGCCCGUCCUGCCCAGUCCCCCGGGGGAAAUAAAUACCUCUCCUCCGUCCUCUCCCCUGCCUUCCUGUCCUCUCCACAGGGCUACCCCGACACCCGAGGCCCCCAGCCUCAGUCCUACCACCCCACACCCCCCAAGCUCAAGCCAGACACUGACAUGCUGGGAGUAGAGCGCUCUCAAGAUGAGGAGGAUGACGAUGACUUCCUGAUCCAGCACUUGCUGCAUGCCCAGAGCCCUGCGUCCCACCCGUCCCAGCACCACCCCCAGCAGCAGCCGCCCCAGUCCAUCCCUCAGGCCAGGGAUGGGGGCAAAGGUCUGGCCUAUGACCUGAACAAGGACUCUGAGGAGCGCUACCACCUCCAGAGCGUCAUCCGCACCAACAGCGCCACCAACAGCAUGGUCCCCGGUACUGCAGGCAACGUCAGCGGAGGUGGCCUGGAGAGCCAGCUGGAGAUGUCUCUGAAGAAACAGCAGCAGCAGCAUGCCAAGAACGAACAUCACGUCCCCUAUCCGCAGCAACACGACUCCCUCGGCUCAGUGGUGCAAUACGGCAGGGGCGACCCUUACUCCCAACACCCUCACUCCCAGCACCCCCACCAUCCCUCGCAGGCCCCCUCACAUCCCCAACACACCCAGCACUCUCAACAUGCCCACCCCCACCCCCACUCCCACGUCCACCCUCACAUGGAGCUCAAAAAGCCUCCCGACCCGUCCGAGCUGCCAUACCUGCGGAAGACACCCGAACUGCAGCAGCAGCCCCGACAGCCCCAAUCCUCCCUUUCCCUCAUGGACUCCCCCCCAAACCAGCCCCAGCAGCCUCCCUCUGCCCACAUGCUCCAGUCUGUUCUGUCCCACACUACCCACCUGGGCAUAACCACACCCUCCCACCUGCACCACCUCAACCCACACCACCCCCAUGUCCAUCACCAACAGCAGACCCACCCGCACCACCCCCUCCCGCACACCCAUGCCCACCACCACUCCCACCACCUGGCGACCAACGCAGGGCCGCAGCAGCAGCCUCCGCCCCAUCAGAGGGACCAGGAGCCCCAGCUCUGCCAAUCCCAGUUAGACCAGCUCAAAGAGCACCAGUUUGACACUGUGAGCCCCGUGGGGAAAGCGGGCCAGAACCAAGGCCAGCAGCAGCAGCACAGGUUUGUGCCUCUGACCUCCAUCUGUUUCCCAGACUCCCUCUUACAGGAUGAGGAUCGCUCCUUCUUCCCCGGCAUGGAGGAUAUGUUCUGCUCUGACGACUACUCCAAGUCGAGCUGCGCCGGGGGUCCUGGAGCAGGCCAAGGGGUCCAGGAAGGUAUGUCUGAGGCACGUGUACAGGGUCCAGACAGCAUGGAGGAUGUCAAGGCCAGUGAUGGAGGAGGUGUGUAUGAUGUGAUGGGUCACCAUGGCGACCAUGGUUACGGGUACUGCCACGGCCUCACGGAAACAGAAAACAGCACCAUGCAUCUGGACCUGGACUCCCUGAAAACCCAUGAGCUCCCCUCCACUGUGAACACAGAGCAGCUCGGCCUCAUCCAGUCCCAGACCCCAAGCCUUGGCUUGGGGGGUCCAGAGGGAGUUCCUGGGGACGGCUCCGGCAACAAGAUGAUUGGGGGUACGGGCGUGGGUGGAGGUUCUGGUCUGGCCGGGCUGACGUCGCCCAUCUUCUGCUCUUCCCGACCCAAGAAGCUGCUGAAGACCAGCUCCUUCCACCUGCUGAAGCAGCGUCGCGACCCGCAGCCGCAGGCCAAGAAGAACUACGCCCAGGAGUACGAGUUCGAGGGCGACGAGGACAAGGCUGAUGUUCCCGCUGACAUCCGCCUGAACAGCCGGCGGCUCCCUGACCUCCUCCCCGACCUGGUGUCCAGCUGCAGGAAGGCUGGAGGAGGAGGGGCCUCGGGGAUGGGCUCCCUCAGCCCUCUGAUGGGUGACCUGGACUUCUGCCACCCGUCCGGCUACCCCUCCCUUGGCCCCACUCCCCAGCUCCUACCCCAUGACGGGCCCAAGAAGAGGGGCAGGAAACCAACAAAACCCAAACGUGAAGGGCCACCUCGGCCCAGAGGGCGCCCUCGCAUCCGCCCGCUACCGGAGCCGCCCUACUGUAGGGGGCUGAUGGGAAAUGUAGGCGGGGAGACCCGCAGGGGUCGUGGGCGGGGUAGGGGGCGUGGCAGCUCUGACGGGUCAGUGGGCUCGGCUCCCUCCCUGGGCCUGAGUCCUGGACCCACUGCUGGGAUGGACAUGAAUAUGACCAGGAGCCAGGAGAAGAUGAAGCAGAAAGCUCAAGCCCAGGAGGUGAGUGCAUCUGAGAAAGGGAGAGAGAAGAGAGAAGAGGACAAGCCCCCGGAGCUGAAGUCUAAUUUCAUGGCCUCCUUCCUGGACUUCCUCAAAACGGGGAAGAAGCAGCCUGAAUCUGGACCUGGUGGACCACAAGACCUAGGAGGGCCAGUGGAAGGAGCUGAAACCACAGACUCUUCCUCCCUGAAGGGUAGGAUCCUGUCCCCGCCUCCCCCUCCACCGCCCCCUCCUCCACCCCCUCCGUUUGGGGACAGUAGCGAGGGCGAGGACGGGCUGAGUCCCUGUAAGCGUCUGGACGACGAGCUGAAGAGGAACCUGGAGACACUGCCGUCCUUCUCCUCCGACGAGGAGGAGGACUCUGUCAGUAAGAACCAGGACCUGCAGAAGAGCAUCUCCUCGGCCAUAUCUGCCCUUUACGACACGCCCCAUUCACUGGCUGCAGCCGUGGCUCUGCCCCCACCCAGCCCAUCUCCGUCUCAGAGCCCAUCGCUGCCACCAACGCCGCCGCCUGUGGCCCAAAUGCAGGAGGACGUAGUCGAUCUGGAGGAGCAGGACAAUGAAGUAGAGACAAACAUGCAACUUCACAACACACAGGCCAACACACAGCCAAAUACACCGUCCCCAGAACAGGAAGGACUGAAUGGGAUGGACAGAGAGGAUGAACGACAAGAGGAGAUGGAGAAAGAGGAGGAAGAGAAGGAGAUGGAGAAGAAGAGGGUAAAGGAAGACCUGAAUGUAGAGCGCAGGGGUGUGGAGGAAGAGGUAGAGGAGAGAGAAGAGGAGGAGAGAGAGCCUGAGUUUGAGAUGCUGGACGCUUCUAAAGUGGAAGAUUCUCCAUCCGGGCCUCCCCUCGCCCCCGCACCCCCCUUUCCCCCAUCCCUCUCCCCGUCCCCUCUCACUUCUUCCUCCCCCUCCCCCCCACCACUCUCCCCACCCUCCCCUCUGCCCUUCCAGCAUGAGGAUGAUGAAGAGGAGCAGCAGCCGUCCCCCCAACAAACCCACCACCCCCACCACAACCCCUCCGCCUCUCCUCCCCCCAGCUCCUCGCCCCCGGCCCUGCCCUCUCCACCCUCCCCUUCCCCUGCAAUGCCCCCCUCCACUACCCCCCCUCCCUCCUCCUCCCCUCCCCUUUCGGAUGCUCCAGAGCUGGCCCAGCCUUCCUCCUCGCCCUCCUCUUCCCCACCCUCACCCCCCACCCCUGAGGAUGCUCCAGCCUCCAAGAUCACCUCUCUGCACCUGGCCAAAAAGCAGGACAAUGCGGCCAUCGCUGGAGAGAGCGAGGAGGAGGACAGCGAGAGUGGCGGCGAGGGCAUCUUCCGGGAGAGGGACGAGUUUGUGGUGCGGACUGAGGACAUUGGCACGCUCAAGAUGGCCCUGCAGACCGGCCGUGAGCCACCACCCAUCUGGAGAGUGCAGAAAGCCCUGCUGCAGAAGUUCAGCCCUGAGAUCAAAGACGGACAGAGGCAGUUCUGUGCCACCAGUAACUAUCUGGGCUACUUUGGCGAUGCCAAGAUGCGGUACCAACGUCUCUAUGUGAAGUUCCUGGAGAAUUUCAAUAAAAAGGAUUAUGUCCGUGUGUGCUCACGUAAACCCUGGCACAGACCUAGACUCAUGUUGAGGCGUCAAUCACUCCCAUCGCUCCCCAAGCCACCUCCCCCUGCCAUCAGUCAAACUCCACCCCGAUUGGAGCGAGAUGAGAGGGAGCGGAAGGAGAAGGAGCAGAAAGAGAAGGAGCAGAAAGAGAGGGAGCAAAAAGAGAGGGAGCAAAAAGAGAGGAAGCAAAAGGGAAAAGAGAAGGAGCAGAAAGAGAGAGCGCAAAAGGAAAAGGAGCAGAAAGAGAAAGAGAGGGAACAAAAGGAGAAAGCGAGAGAUCAAAAGGAGAAAGAUAGAGAGAAAGAGAGGAAACAAAAGGAAAAAGCGAAAGAGCAGAAAGAGAAGGAGCAAAAAGAGAAAGAGAAGGAGCAAAAAGAGAAGGAGCAAAAAGAGAAAGCGAGAGAGCAAAAGGACAAAGAGAGGGAGCAAAAGGAGAAAGCAAGAGAGAGGGAGAGGGAAAAAGAGAAACAGCGAGAGAGGGAGCGAGAGAAGGAGAGAGAAGAAAAAGAGAAGAGGCAUUCACCACCUCAGGAGAAGGUGGAGAGAAGGAGCAGUGAAGUGGACCGAAAGAGAGUGAGGGAGGAGAAGAGAGGAGGAGGAGGAGAGAAGAAGACAGAGCGCCCAUCGAGGGUGAGGCUAGUGAAGGUGGAACCUCCACCCAAGAAGAGGAAGAAGUGGCUGAAGGAAGUCCCCUCUGACUCAGACUCCUCCCUCGAUGGGCCCAGCGAGGACCAAGAUGAGGGACAAUCCCCAGUGAGAGGGGGGAUGAACAGUCGAGCCAUGAGGGAGAUGUUCAGGAGUUACAUAGAGAUGCUGGUCAGUACAGCACUUGACCCCGACAUGAUUCAAGCCCUGGAGGACACAGACGACGAGUUGUACCUCCCGCCCAUGAGGAAGAUUGACAGCCUACUCAACGAACAAAAGAGGAGACUGUUAAGGAGAGUCAACAUGAGUGGCCAACACCAGGAGACUCUGCAUAUGUUCCCCAAAAUGACGGCAGACCCCCUGGACUCUGGAGCGGUCAAAGUGCACCUCGGCGGCGAGUGCUACAACCGUAAAACCCUCAACCGUGUCAAGAAGAGCACCACGCCCAAACAGCAGGACCUCAAGCUGUCCACAGAGACGUGUCGUGUCUAUAGCCUUUAUCAUUCUCUCCAUCACUACAAGUAUCACACCUUUCUGAACUGCAAGAAGGAGACGGACAGUAUAGAGCAGGCAGCGGAGGACCCUGGGCAGGAGGAGGUGGUGCAGCAGUGUAUGGCCAACCAGGGCUGGCUGGAGACCCUCUUCAACUCCUUCAUCGACCUGCUAACCCUCAGCACCAAAGCCUGAUGAGGGAGGAAGGGGCACAGUCCGAAAUAGUGCACUACAAUUGGCCAGGGCCAUAGGGCCUAUAUGGAGAAUAGGAUGCCAUUUGGAAAGC